AUGCUCGCCUCACGGAUAGCAAGGCCUUGUGUCCGGCAAUAUGGCCAAUUCAUGCAACCGCUCAAAGUCUGCUACUCCAGCACUGCGGCGACAGAGAAGACCUACGAGUAUCUGAAGGUCUCGACACCACGGACGGGAGUUGCAUUGAUCCAACUCCACCGUCCCAAAGCCCUCAACGCCCUCUUCACCCCGCUUAUCCGCGAACUCAACACCACCCUCCGCGAGCUCGACUCGGACCCCUCCGUCGGCGCUACCGUUCUUACAGGCUCCGAGAAAGCUUUCGCUGCUGGGGCUGAUAUCCUUGAGAUGCGCGACAAAUCCUUCGCUGACGCCUACGGCAACGACUUCAUUGAGAGUUGGAGCGAGCUGUACAAUACCAUCCGCAAACCCGUCAUUAGCGCUGUCAACGGCCACGCGUUGGGAGGUGGAUGCGAGUUGGCGAUGAUGUGUGAUAUCCUGUACUGUUCUCAGAAGGCCAACUUUGGUCAGCCGGAGAUCAAGCUGGGAGUAAUUCCUGGAGCUGGCGGGAGUCAGCGAUUGACGAGGGCGAUUGGAAAGAGCAGGGCUAUGGAGUUGAUCCUGACCGGCAAGAACUUUUCCGGGCAGGAGGCGUAUGACUGGGGUCUGGCGGCGAGGGUGUUUGAGACGCCGGAGAAGUGUGUGGAGGGAGCGCUGGACACUGCGGAGACAAUCGCGGGGUACAGCAAGAUAGCUGUCAAGGCGUGUAAGGAGGUUGUGAAUAAGAGCCAGGAUCUUGGGAUUAAGGAGGGAGUGGAGUUUGAGAGGAGGGUAUUCCAUGGCCUGUUCGGGAGCGAGGACCAGAAGAUUGGCAUGGAGGCGUUUGCGGAAAAGAAGAAGCCCGAGUGGACGCAUAGAUGA